CAAAAAAAAAAGAGAAUUCAUCCUCUGAAUCGAAAACAAAGGUCAAAAGUCCCUCCUCCUCAUUGUCUUCUUCGUUGUCUCUGCAACAAUCUUAGAAUCAUAAUUUGGAUCCCCAUGUAAUCUCUGCUGGAUCUCUGAAUCACUACUGCGAUUGAAAAACUUGAGACAAGAAGUAGAGAGACAUUCCAAGUUCUUGUCUUUAUUGUUGUUGUGUGUUCUGGGAGAAUGGGAGCACCAAAGCAGAAGUGGACAUCGCAAGAAGAAACAGCUCUUAAGGCUGGAGUUCUCAAACAUGGCACUGGCAAAUGGCGCACCAUUCUCUCCGAUCCUGAGUUCACCUCUAUCCUCAAGUCUCGCUCCAAUGUCGAUCUCAAGGACAAAUGGAGAAACAUAAGUGUAACGGCUAUGUACGGAUCUAGGAAGAAGGCUAAGCUUGCUCUUAAAAGAACUCCUUCCUCUCAUGAUGAUGACAACGCUACUGCUCUUACCAUCGUCGCUAUCGCCAACGGAGUUCAACACAUUUCUCCUCUUCCUCCUGCAGUUUCUUGUGCACCACCACCGCCACGAGAUUUUGAAGGACUCUUUUCAAGUGUGGAUAAGAUGAUAUUGGAGGCUAUUGCUAACUUUAAGAGACAUUUGGGUCCUGAUGGAAAGUCCAUCUUACUCUAUGUUGAGGAGAAACACAAUAUGCAACCUGAUAUGAAACGGCUUGUGACUUCAAGACUUAAGCAUUUGGUUAAUGUUGGAACUAUAGUUAAGAUUAAGCACAGAUACAGGAUUUGUCGGAACGGAGCAGAACAAAGCUCUCCUCAACUUUAUCUGGAAGGAAACAAGGAGAGUGGUGUCCAACAACGUCUAACUAGAUCACAAGUAGAUGGAGAGCUGUUUAUGAUCAAGGGCAUGACAGCACAAGAAGCUGCAGCAGCAGCUGCAAGAGCAGUAGCAGAAGCAGAGUUUGCAAUAGCAGAAGCUGAAGAAGCGGCUAGAGAGGCUGAUGAAGCCGAAGCCGAAGCUGAAGCUGCACACAUUUUUGCCAAAGCUGCAAUCAAAGCUUUCAAGUAUAGGAUGCAAUGUAGUGAAGCCAGAUAAUGUCAAGUUUGAAUCGCUGCAGUAAUUUUUGAGGGUUAGUAAAAAGUGUAUAUUCUGCAGCGUGUAACUUUGGUCCCUAACUCAAGAUAAGAUUAUUGUAAAACAAUUGUCCAUUGUUAUGUUGUUUAUCUCUUCUUUGUAGUAACCUCAUAGGUUUCUUGUAGAAACUGGUUUGAAGAGAAAUAAAUAAAGCCUUUGAUCAUCA